UGGGUGGUGCUAAGGCGUCAUUUCGGCUCUCUCGAAAAAGGGGGGGGCGGAUACAGGGAGGGCGGAUGUGGCUCACUCAAGCGUUUUGUCAACUGAACCAGUGUCGUCAACAGUCGUUUGUUGAAUCCAUUGCGGAUGUAUGGAGGGUCCCAGUCGGAUGCUUGUAUUUGUCAAAGUCGCCGGAAUGAAAACUACGACCAAGUGAAAAACCGUGGGACGGAUCGGCUCUGAACAGCAGGAUGUAAACAAACCGUACGACAGAAUGACGAGAAGAACAAAAGAGACUUGUUAUCAUCUACUAACUAGCAGCUAAACCGGCUAACGUUAGCCGCCGACUUAACUUGGACUUCACCGCGGACUUAGCAGACAUCCCCGUCUACUAAUUGACUGACCGACUGGACUUUUCGGCGGCCAUGGCGGCGGUGGUUAGCUACUCUCCACCCUGGUGGGUCAACCUACUGCACCGGCUUCCUCAUUUCAACUUCAGGUUCGAGCAAACCAGCAGCGAUUUCCAGCCAGAGGACUGGACAUAUCAACAGUCCAUCCUGCUACUGGGAAGUGUGGCGCUGGCCUGUCUGGCCCUGGACCUCCUCUUCUUGCUCUUCUACUCCAUUUGGCUGUGCUGCCGACGCACCAAAAACGAGGAGCAGCCGUCGGCCGACUGCUGCUGCACCGCCUGGUGUGUCAUCAUCGCCACACUGGUGUGCAGCGCUGGCAUUGCUGUCGGUUUCUAUGGAAACGGUGAGACUUGUGAUGGAGUGAACCGGCUGACGUAUUCCCUGCGCCACGCAAACCGCACAAUUACUGGUGUGCAGAACCUGGUUUCCAACGGCACGUCCUUGCUGAACCAGACGGUGGAUAACAAGCUGCAGCAGCUCGAGGGUCAGUACGCGCAGCAUGCAGACUCCCUGUCCAUCAUCCAGAAGCUCCAGGGCCAGCUGGACGAGCUGGUCAGACAGAUGGUGGAGAUUCCCUUCUGGGACAACGCCGACAUCUCCCUGGAGGAACUGGCUGUCAGGAUUGAGCUGUAUGACUGGUACAGGUGGCUUGGCUACCUCGGUCUGCUGAUGUUUGAUGUCCUCAUUUGUCUGCUGGUGCUGUUUGGCCUCAUUCGCAACUCCAAGGGGACCCUAAUUGGGGUGUGUUUGUUUGGUGUGAUGGCUCUGGUGAUCAGUUGGGCCUCGCUGGGUCUGGAGUUGGCCGCCUCUGUGAGCUCCAGUGACUUCUGCGUGGCUCCCGACACAUACGUCACCCAAGUGGCAGACCAAUACGAAGUCAUCAAUCAAGACAUCCUCAAGUACUACUUGAGUUGCAGUUUGGAGCAAACCAACCCCUUCCAGCAGAAGCUUUCCGGGAGCCACAAAGCACUCGUUGAGAUGCAGGACGACGUCCUAGAGCUGCUGCGAUCGGCCACCGGGGAAUACAAACAAGCUCAGGCAAGUUUGGAGGAGAUCCAGGGGAUACUGAACACCACAGAAAUCAGCCUUCAUCAGCUUACAGCCCUGGUGGACUGCCGCAGUCUGCACAUGGACUACGUCCAAGCCGUGACGGGGCUGUGCUACGACGGGCUGGAGGGCCUCAUCUACCUGGUGCUCUUCUCCUUUGUCACCGCCCUCAUGUUCACCUCCAUUGUCUGCAGCGUGCCUCACACCUGGCACAGCAAGCGGGCAGACGAGGACAGCGACGACGGCUCGCUGGGUCGUGGCGGGAGGCAUAACCACGACAACUUGUACCGCGUGCACAUGCCCAGCCUGUACAGCUGUGGCAGCAGCUACGGCAGCGAGGCGUCCAUCCCGGCCGCCGCGCACACCGUCAGCAACGCCCCUGUCACGGAAUACAUGGCCCAGAAUGCCAACUUCCCCAACUCGCGCUGUGAGAACACACCUCUGAUUGGACGAGAGUCUCCUCCCCCAUCGUUGUAUUUGACUCCCGCCCACACUAACAGCGGCCACAGCUGGCAGUUAAAGCCUUCGGAGAGCUCGAGGUCGUUUUGGUAACCUUCUGGUCUGCUAUGCUAACAGUACACCUCCAGCAUGCGGGCAAAGUACCUCGCUAACAGCCGACCGGAGCCCCAGAGCACCCCCCCAUCCUCAAACUAGCCGGAAAUUGGGACCUCCAAUGGCUGCCACACUUUUUAAAAAGGUCACUUUGCCUUCUUCUCUGUGUCGUCGUUACUCUCCCAACGUCUUUGGAUGACUCUUGCUUAACUGUUUUCCAUGUUCCUUUACAACUUUACCCAGUCACUCCUAUUACUGGACUGUACAUGGUAUCAUAUUCCUUUGAAACUUUGUCUUAUUCCUGGUGUUUGGGACCAGUUAUCCUGCACAACUUGCAUGUUUUACAAGUCUGAAAUGGAACGAUUUUGCAUCGAGAGGUUUUUUUCGGACAUUUACUGUGGCGCUGAUGAGCCACAAAGCUGUGAAUUUGGAGGAUCCGACGGGCUGCAUUGCAAGGAAACCAAGCAGCACAUGAAAGGAAGGAAGGAUGGAAUAUGGGAAUCAACCACGAAAACUUGAGACUUAUCCAAAACUACUGGACAGCGGAGCAGUAUCACUCCAGACUUUUCAUUUUAUUAUUAUUAUUUGCCUUGCUGUCUUUGAACCUGCUCACCACGAUACACACAAAUCUGCCCGGCAACAGCAAAGGCAGCUUUAACAACUCAGCAGUUUACAAGACCGUUACGUGAAAUCCGAAUUUAUUUUAUUUUAUUUUUGUUGUGGUAGAGUUUCAAAGCUUUUGCGUCGGUAAUGCAGCGUCUCACAAAUGUGUUUUAGCAUUUCUAACAAAUAGAUGACUAUGAGAAGUUUACGCAAGGUUGCAGACGGUGCCAAUCAAACGUUUUAAAAUGUCUUAAAUGAGCCUGAUUUUUUUUUUUCCUGGUGUUUUAUGCUUUUGUAAAAAUUACACUGUUUUGUGUGUGUGUGUGUGUGUGUGUGUGUGUGGCUGUCUUUUCUUUGUGCAUUAUUGUUGAAUUAUUGAGUUAGGACAAACUUUAAAGUUGAUUGAUUUUAUUGCUUUUUAAUUAUUUGAUUUUAAGCAAGCACCAAUUGUUUCUUUAUUAAUGUGAAUAAUAUUAGUUUUUAUUUGUAAUCGGGUUUUAUACAGUUAUAUGAUCUCAAAGUUGUACAAAAAACAGCGAUUAUGGGCUUGAAUGGUGUGUUUUCAAAAUUAAACCAACUUUUAACUGUU